AAAAAAUACAGUUGACCCAAAAACAAACAACAACUAUAUAAUGAAAAACCCUAAAGAACAAUUGAAAAAGAACGACCUGAUUUGUUUGUUCACCUGGGUUCACUAGUUUCUCGUGCACUGCGCAAAAUUGGAUUUUAACUUAUAUAGGCUAAGUGACACCAAUGAUACAUAAAUUUGAUUGUUGCUGACAUACAGAGGCCGGAGAUUGCGAAAGUGUAUUUGGCAACGUGGUAUUCGCACCACGAUGACCUGACAAGGGCUGAUAGGAGCAAUGGCUUCAAGAAUCAGACAGACCUGCAGUGCCAAGAGGCCUUUUAUGUUUUUCACGUUAGGCGUUUCUGUUUAUACACACGUGUUCCAUUGAUUGCUUGUGAACGAUCCUUGAAUAGGUAUUGCAACAACAAGCUGAACGCAGUUUCCCUGGUGAUAGUGAUUUCACUGCAACGCAGCGAUUGAGGGAUGUGAACAGUGAUGAUUCCACACGGUACGAGAAGCAGACUGCAGAUCAUCAUAGCCCCCUAAUGACACCCCAAAGGUGCUUUCUAUGCAUUGUCUCAUGUUCAUCCAUCGUGGGAUUGGUGCCAUUUACAGUAUAGAAUGCAAUGCACGAACCUGUCCUUGCAAUCUUUGUAUUCUCAGAUUCAUGUAGACUUGGCUUUAACAGUUUGAACUUUGUUGGCCAUAUUUACCCAGGCUUCACCAACUUCCUGACGACUGGGCAAAGAUGCUUCGUCUCCAUCUUAGUGAUUAGAAAGUGCACCGUCAUGACCAAUGGCUUUUUGUGCAGAUUGUUGUGGAAGCUGACCAGUGGGGAGCUCAGCAAAGGCGCGGGAAUACCAUGGCACACAUCAAGCCCUGCCAGGGAUUCCGCUGGUUGUUGUCUUUGUGCCUUCAUCAGCUAUGGGCAAAGCUACACGCGAGAAGGAUUCGGAGAGGUCAUGCAGCUCUUCGUCCAUCCUGAAUUCCAACGAAAAGGCUUGGGUUCAAGCUUGCUGAGGGCAGCGUGGAGACACAUGCAGAGCAAAGAAUGGUCCAGUUUGGGGUGCCAUGUAUGGUGCACGAAAGGGAACCCGGCUAACAAGGUCUAUGAACAGGUUGGUUGGUUUCCAACUGGGAACCAGAAGAGUCUUUAUCCAACAUUGAGCAAAGAACCUGUCGAAGUUGAGGAGUACAUGGCUCUAGACUUGUCCAAGCGGAAGGACAACUUAUUCUGGAUUUGGCGGUUGCUUAUGGUCAGACUUUCGCACUGUGGAAGCUGCUGUGGGCAAUGAGGAGUUGAUGGAGGAUCUCAAGCUGAAGUCAAGCUGAACCAUUCACGUGGCCUUAGACAGAUGUAACAAUUACUUGACAAUACGUACAGGGAGGUGUAUAGCUUGUGUGGCGUGGAAAUGCAGAGCUUCGAUCAUCGAAGGUGAAUCAGCUGCGGCAAGCCCUCUCAAAAAGGGUGCAGCCACUCCGCGAUCAGUAUCGGUGAGCACUACAAGCGAUGGCCUCCAACCUAAUAGCAAUGGCCUCCAACCUACAGUUUGCAACCAAGCAUUUUACUAUCAAAUUGCAGCGCUUGACUGCUAGCCUUUUCUGGCACAGGUAUGCAGAUCAAUGAUAGCAGAC